GCUGUAGCUCUACCCGUCCUGCCAGAGGGACCUGUCGGAGAGCAUUUAAAGAGGCAAGGACCAGAGAAUAGCAUCACACACUCUCUCUCCGCCUGCAAAGUGAACAUUGACGAACAGGAGAUGAAGGGUCUGGGGGCUGUCACCGCUCACACUCUCCUGCUGCUGCUUCUAACUUCAUUCACGGUGCAGACCCGGGGCGCUCCGCAGGUUCGCUUUCAGAGACGUAAUUGGACACCGCAGGCAAUGCUGUAUUUGAAAGGAGCACAGGGACGUCGGUUCAUUGCGGAUGGUGGUAACGAUGGGGACCUCUUUGAAAAAAUAGAUAUUGAAACCAGAAGCCAAAACACCAACCCAUUAACUCUAUCAGAAGCAACAGCGAUACUACUGGCUUCCAUCAGACAGGCACAGCUAGAAGGUGAGAAUGAGGAAAGUGCACAACAGCAUUUUUGGCAAGAGAAGCCAAAUUGGAGAAAAUUACUCGUCUAACCUUUUGAAACACUUCUGCAAACUUGGGUUUUCUCCCCCACAUCUACUAGAUUUCAUCUGUGUCAUGUGACUCUGUACCAAGUGGUUACAAAACAUGUCUAAGUUAUUAAUGAAUUGUACAUGACAAUUCAUAAUCUGUUUUAUUAAACUGCCUGAAA